AUGGCGCGUGGCCUGAGCCGCGAGCAGUCCAAGGAGAAGAACCUCAAGAAGCAGCAGAACGCGGCGAAGGGUAACACCGAGAACCUCACCCCCGCGCAGAGGGCCGAGCGCGACAAGGCCGCGAUGGCCGCCAAGAAGGCCGCCAAGGACGCGGCGAAGGCUGAGCUCGCCCAGUCGGCGGACGGCGCCGCACAACUCGCAGCGGAGGAGAAGCGCAAGGCGGAGCAGCGCGCCAGGCAGAAGGAGGGCAGCUUCGCGGCGAAGAACCCCCUGCUGGCCAAGCAGCUCAAGAAGACGGGCAAGUGACGAGAACGCGACGCGUCGCGGGAACGAAGUGUCGCAUCCCACCGCGGACGAUUGCCUAGCUAGCUCACGCGACGUCGACGGAUCAGAUUUCUCCUCCUGAUUGAAACCAAUCGGUUUGCUGCUACGUA